GUUCGGACGGGCAUUUCUGCAUUCUUCAAACAAUAAACAACCCAAUUAUCUUCGCAUUCAUCGAUAGAUAACGAUAAAUAAUGGAACCAAUAAUCCACCCGAUCUUCGAACAACAAACGUCGACAUGGCAAUACAUAGUAGUCUGUCCGCGAACCCUCCAAGCCGCUAUCAUCGACCCUGUCCUGGAUUAUGACCAGACUCAGAUGAGCAUUAGCACCACAUCAGCCGAUGCAUUGUUGGACUUCGCCACUUCGCACAAUUACACAAUCACUCGCCUCCUUGAAACACACGCACACGCAGACCACCUCACCGCAGCAUACUAUAUCCAACAGAAACUCAAGGCGGAAAAUCAAGCGCAGGUACCAGUAUGCACCGGAUAUCGCAUUCGACACGUUCAAGAUACCUUUGCGCGACGGUAUGGGAUUCCGAAAGAAGAACUCGAUAACGCUUUCGAUCACCUCUUCCAAGAUGACGAAACAUUCCAAAUCGGAGACAUAACAGGAAAAGUUCUCCAUCUACCCGGACAUACACCCGACCAUAGCGGAUACAUAAUCGGAAGUAACGUCUUCACGGGCGACUCAAUAUUCAAUCCCGACGUGGGCAGUGCGCGCUGCGAUUUUCCCAAUGGCGAUGCACAUGCUUUAUACGGUUCUAUGCAGAAACUUCUCUCAUUACCCGACGGGUACAGACUGUAUACCGGACACGACUACCCUCCAUCAUCUGGUAACGACCAGAGUCGAGAUCCAAUGCCAUAUGUGACUGUCAGGGAACAACGAGAAGGGAACAAACAUGUUAAGGGUGGUACACCCAAGGAGGACUUUGUGCGAUGGCGACAAGAAAGAGACUUGGGGUUGAACGAGCCCCGGCUUCUGCAUCAGGCGUUGCAGGUGAAUAUUCGGGGAGGGAGGUUGCCGCUUAGUGAGGAUGGGAGGGUGUUUUUGUCGAUGCCGGUCAGGGUUCCGGAAUCGUGGAAUUAAUGUUUGUAAAUAGCGUAGUGUUGCCACUGGAUAAAUACAAAGGAGUACAUGUCACAGGUCACAUAAGUUUAUAGUUGUCCAGACACGUUCAGAAAACCGGGCGUCAAUUCGCC